AUGCAAAGCGUGGUGUCUGCACCCCCUCGAGGCAAGGAAAUGAGAAAACUACUUCUCAUCCAAGCGGAGCAGGUCAAUGAAGAGGCGGGCACUGCUUGGGAGUGUGGAUACGGGUGUCAGAGAUCUGCCUUUAGGUCUGCUGUGAGUCUUGUCAUCACUGGAAACAAGGAAAGGAGGAGGAAAUUACUGCAGAUCAGUGAAGGCAAGGGCAGAGGAGGGGCUGGGGUUGGCCUGAAAGCUGGCAUCCGUGGCCCUGCCAACGCUAAAGCCAAGGCUAAGAUCCAAGCCAAGGCUAAGAUCCAAGCCAAGGCAGUGGCUGAGGCAGAACUGAAAACAGGACUGGUGACCCAGGCCAAGGCUGGGGAUGGAGCAGUGGCCAACACAGUGACCUAUGCUGAGGCCAUGGCUAUGGCAAGGCAAGUAAGCAAGAUGGAAUCUAAGACUAAGACUAGAGUCAUGGCUGAGACCAAGGCAACCCCCCUGACAGAACCUAGUGUAGUGUCCCAAACCAAGUCAAAGGCCAUGUCUAUGUCCAGGCUCAGUGCUGUGACCAAUUAUAAAGGGAAGGCUGGUGUUGGAAGUGAAGCCAAUAUUGGUUCCAAAGACAACAUUGGGCCCAGGUCCCAGAGAAGGAGCGAGGCCAGCAUCAAGUUGAAGGUUGGGGACAGAGCUGGCAAUGUAACUCAGUUCGGUGAUGAGGAUGAGGAAAAUGUCUGUUCUUGGUUUUGGACUGGAGAAGAACCUAGUGUAGGAUCCUGGUUCUGGCCUAAAGAAGACAACCCAUUUCAAGUGUAUAAGCCUCCAGCUAAGAUCCAGGAAAAGCCUAAGCCUACACCCAAACCUGAACUUACUAUAAAGCAAAAAGCAAAAGCAUGGUCAAGGGCCAGGUUUUCUGUCCUAGUUCCGGUAGAUGGAGGGGAGCAAUCCUUACCUCCAGGAGGGAAUUGGACUCUGGUUGAUACCUUGAUUGAAACUCCACUAGGGAUUCGACCUCUGACCAAAAUCCCACCCUAUGAUGGGCCUUACUUUCAGACCUUAGCUGAGCUCAAAAAGCAGGUUAAGUAUAGGGAAAAGUAUGGGCCCAAUCCAAAAACCUGUCGCUGCAAAUCACGUGUUUUUAGUUUAGAGCCUAAAGAGUUUGAUAAACUUGUUGCCCUGCUUAAGUUAACUAGGGAUCCUUUCAUUCAUGAAAUAGCUACAAUGAUAAUGGGUGUCAGUCCUGCUUAUCCAUUUACCCAAGAUAUAAUUCAUGAUGUAGGUAUUACUGUUAUGAUUGAAAACUUGGUCAAUAAUCCCAAUAUUAAAGAACACCCUAGAACUUUAAAUAUGGUGGAUGACAACUCUGAGUUUUCUGGAGAACCACAAAUAGGAGAGUUGUACAUAAAUCAAAUUUGUAAGGACAUAAUCUUUUAUCCUUUGAACUCCCCUGAACAACUGUCUGGACUAAAAUUAUUAGUGCAGCUGAGUGUAAACUUUGAGUACCACCAUAUAAUUGUCAAUUACAUUCCAGAUUUCCUCACUUUGUUAAACAAGGGAAGUGUCAAAACCAAGUUUUAUGUUUUAAAAGUGUGUUUGCACUUGUCUAAAAAUCAAGCCAAUACAAGAGAACUAAUCAGUGCCAAAGUAUUGUCAUCAUUGGUUGUGCCCUUUAACAAAAAUGAGUCAAAGGCCAAUAUUCUUAAUAUCAUUGAAAUAUUUGAGAAUAUAAAUUUCCAAUUUAAAAAGAAGGUGAAGCUAUUUAGCAAGGAAGAGUUCACAAAAUAUGAACUUAUUUCCAUAUUUCAGGGAGCAAAAGAGUUUGGUCAGAAACUACAAGACUUAGCAGGGCACAGUGAUCCUGAGGUGAGAGAUAAAGUUAUAAGAUUAAUACUCAAACUCUGAAUAGCUGUAUGUUCUCAGAAAACCUUUAGCAGUUUUUUUGGUGUUGUAAUAUGAAACCAAUGCAACUUAUAAGAUAACUUAUGCUAUCUGUGCUGAUUGAAGGAGCUAAUUUUAUGGAUACCAAAUGAUCUUGACAGCUUGAAUGUUUGUUGGUUUUCAUUGUGCCAUAUAAGUUCAGAUAUUUUUAGUAUUUUUGCAAUAUGACCUGAUAAUGAACCUAUUCAUCCUGAGUAAGUUAUACUUCUGUGCUUUAUAUUAACAUAAGUGUAUUCAUUUAAUACUUCAAUUACAUGUGAAUAAAGUUGCAUGCUAAAACUGGUGAAAA